ACUCGGAAAUCGUUCACAUGUGAAUUAGGUGUGCACGUGCAUAUGGUAUUUGUUGUGACCGGACGCUGUGACAUUUCUCCUGUGUAGACAGACACAUUUGUGACUACUGGAGACCGUCCCUCGCCAUCGAAGGAAUGUCGACCUACUUCACGAUUUUGGCGCUCGUCCUAUUGAUCGUAUCAUGUGAAUCGACUAUUCCUAAUGGCUACAUAUUGAAAGUGACGCCAUCCUGCGGAUCGUCUACUACCAGUGACGCUUACGUCACGGUGACGACAGAUCUGCACGCUCAGGCCAAAGCCGUCUGCCAAUCGGGCGAAGUGUCGUUUAACGAAAAUGAUGGCGUCAACCUCCAUCUGGAUGUAUCGUAUCCAUCGUCAGUGAAAUUUCCAUGUGUCUUCCAGAAAAUGGUGAACAGCUCUGUGUACACGUUGCUGGUGAAAGUGUCGUUUGGUGAAGAGGGAAACCCCAUCCAGCAGCACGAGAUGUUCCGGGUCACGUGCACGUUCGACAAUAAGAAAACGGAAGAAAGCGCCAUGAAGAAUAUCACUGGAAGUCUGAUCGCGCCCAACGAAGUUCAGAGUCACAUGGGUUUCGCCGCGACGUCAGCAGUGACGUUGACGUUGUGUGACGUCCUCGGUAACCAGUUCACUGACAGCUCGGUGGCUAUUGGCAGAAAAGUGCAACUCAUGGUGGAAAUGGACGGGUCUGGUGCCGAGAUUGGGAUCCGCCCCGUCCACUGUGAUGCAGUAGGAGUUCCAAAUGGGAAGAGAUACGCUCUGCUCCGAGCUGGUUGUGGAGAUGGUCUCAUAUUGAAGAAAAACGAAGGUUUCAACUCUAAUGGCGUAUCGUCACUCAGUCCUUAUUUCGAAGUAUUCGAGAUACCCGGUGAAAACUAUGUCAAAUUCGAAUGCAACUUCACGAUGUGUUCAGUAGCAUGCAGCGGUAGCUCGUGUACUAGGGAAAGGAGACGCCGAGAAGUUGGAGCCUCUGUUACAAGUGGGAAUUACAUUAUUUCGGCACAAAGUCCGUCCCUAUUGCUGCAGCUAGAAACAUCGACGACUGACGAGGUAUCUACGAAAGCUAACACCGCUGCUGACGUCACUAGCUUAAACCACAAGAAAAACAUGUGGGUCGCCAUCAUCACCAUGACAACAUUCUCGAUUGUGGCUUUUGUACUUGUUGUUAUCACGUGCUAUAAAACCAACCAACCAGCAUCCGCGUUCGUGACGUUAACAUAACUCCUCCAAUACUGUGAUAUUCUACGUAGCAAAUAAACGUUGGGUCUAAA